AUGGAGCAAGACGACCUCACAGCCUCUCACUGGGAUGACGUAAUAACGCCAGGCUCUGUGUCCAUAUUUGGCAAUUUGAAUUCAAGCACCAUUCAUACUCCCAACAAUCUUAAUAACGAGUUCAAUGAUUUACAUAUAGGCAGAGAUGCCGAAGAAGAAGACGAGGACGAAGAAGAAGAAGUCCAGGCAUCUCGUUAUGAUGACGAAGACCAUCCAGUUAAUGAUCAAUCGGUGGAUCAUAUCAAACAAGCUGAGUUAGAACAAUUGAAUGAAUUGAAGAAGGAAGAACGUAAUGAACAUAAGAACAGUCUUUUAUCCGAAUUAACCAAUGGCGCAGAUGCAGAGGAUCUGUUGUUAGCCUCUUCAUCUAUUGUCACGCCCAAGAAGGUCAAUCCUUCCGAGUCGUUGUUCAACGUGAAGGAUAGCCCCAUAAAAUUCGAACCAACUCCAAAAACAAACGAAGGCAAAGGCAAGAAAACCUUGAACACCAAAAAUAGUCAAGCAUACCGUGCCAACCCAAGGUCCAGAAAGCACAGUUCCAAGUCCAUUAUAAAGCACUUGGAUGCCAGAAAACUAAACAAAGAAGAGAUAGUUCCGGCCAAUUCCAAUCCUUUGGGCCCCUUAGAUUCGGAGGAUGGAAGAUCCAACGACCUUAGCUCCAUCAAGUCCAACAACAAAGCGGAACAACUUGUGCAAGAAGCAAAUGCCCCAUUGUACGAGCUUCCCAAGAACGACCAACCAGAGCUCACCAACCCCCCCGUUCUAGUUGAAAGAGCUAAGCCUAACGAGCCAGAGGAAACCAACCACGCAGCAAACCGCUUGGAUAUUAUUGUUAGUGAUCCAAUGAAGGUAGGUGAUAUUACUACCGCUCACAUAGUCUACAAUAUAAAGACAAGGAACAAAAAUACGAGUCCAGAAAGUUUACCAGUCACACCAGAACCCAUCACAGUGGCAAGAAGGUACAAGGAUUUCAGGUGGAUAUACCAUCAGUUGCAAAACAACCAUCCUGGAAGAAUCAUCCCACCACCUCCAACCAAGCAAACAUACAUUGGAAGAUUCAAUGAAAACUUCAUUGAGAAUAGGCGACUUUCUCUUGAGAAGAUGCUCAGCAAAAUCAGCAAUGUUCCUGUGUUGAGCAAUGAUCCUGACUUCGUGAUGUUCUUGAUCAGUGAGGAUUUUGCCAACGAAUCCAGAGAAAGAGAAAGGCAGAGUGGUUCUGCUGCGUCGUUGCAGAACAACGACUCGUUGGAUAAUGACAAAGAUGACGAUUCCAGCUUGUCUGGAAGCACAAGUAGCAAUAUGUCUGCACCAAUAAUCAGUGGUGGCGGGUUCAUGACCUCGCUUUUUUCCAUUUCAACUAAGGUGUCAGAGCCAGAUGAUUAUUUCAUCGAGAAGAAGCAGUACAUCGACGAGUUGGAGCAUAACUUGAGGAACUUCUACCGGGCAAUUGAAUUGAUUGGUACGCAGAGAAUGGAUUUGAUUGGGAUUUUGGAUGAAAUCUCACUUGCAUUGGAUGAGUUGGCAGAGUUGGAGAUACUGAAGACCACCAGCGAGUUGUUGAGUGCAUUCAGCGAGGUCCAAUUGAAGCUCAAGGAAAACCUUGACAGAAUUAACCUCCAGGACCAAUUAACGUUGGGCUUCACCAUCGAGGAGUACUUGAGGAUAAUCGGGUCCAUCAAGUUUGUGUUUGAAACACGGACGAAGGUGUACCAGCAAUAUCAUACGUUCAACCAGGACUUAAUCAAGAAGCAGGCCCAGUUGGACAAGCAAACGAGAAAGUACAAGAUGCAAGUGGACAAGAACAAUUUGUUGGCGUUCGAGGUGGACAAGUUGAAGCAAAAGACUGCAGUCUACGAGAAGCAGUUCAACACCAUCAGCGACACCAUCAAGUCGGAGGUGGCCAACUUUGAGUUUGGCAAGAUCGAGGACUUUAGGAAUAGCGUGGAGAUUUUCAUUGAGAGCUCGAUCGAAUCGCAAAAGGAGGCCAUUGAGUUAUACGAGACCUUCUACGAGCGCCAGAAUUUGGCUAGUGUAUAG